AUUCCUGUUUAUAAUUUUGAUGGUACAUUAAAUGUGGGUGGCUGCAUUACGCACAAAUGUCCUUUUGUGGUCGAAUACCAAGGACACAGGGAACAAGUCACCACCGAGACUACCCAACUAGGGAAGAUCAAUUUAAUAUUGGGCUGGACCUGGCUAUUUAAACACAAUCCUGAGAUCAACUGGCAG